GCCGCGGCCUCCGACGAGAGAGGGCUGUGCAAUCGUCGUUCGUUGUUAGCAGUCACGGCAAGUUCAGUUCGGUCCGUAGCAUCGCGACUUAAACGUCGAUGAAUACAACAACGAUUCUUUAACGGCCAUUCGAUCAUGUUGUGACGGAUGCGUUGCUCGUGUGCCGCCGAUACGUCGCGUCUGCGAUCAUCCCGUUAUCGCAAUAAUGCACGCGCGAUAGGAAAACAAGCAGUUCGUCGACUUCGUAAUCGCGUCCGUCUUGACUCGAGCAACAGAUGUGACCAUCGUGCGCGUCUCGUUCUUUAUAUUUAGUUAAUCAAGAUUUUCUCAGUUGGUAAAACGCCUCGAUUCUAAUCUCUUGUUUCGCUCCUCGUCGAGAAGCGUCGUAACGAAUAACAAGGGCGAAUGUGUGCUUCGAAUUUUGCUGACGGGAGAUAAGAAACGUUUAAGUAAUCGUACCAGCGAUCAAGUGAAAGAUAACAUCGGAGAGGCAGACGUUUUUUUUUUGAGGAGGAAAUAAGAAGUUCUUAGAAUCUGCGUUCGCGAUCGACGUGAAUUGCUGCUCGUCGUCCGCCGUUCUAAGAACUUAUCUACGGCUUAAGGGCACCGGGCCGUGCACGAGAAGUAAAAGACGAAGAGGAAGAGAAUUCCUUUGUCCUCCGAGACGGCGCGGAAGGAGGUGGACGACGAACCGUGGAGAGGGGGAAAGAGGCAGCGAAACGAAGCAGCACGCGGUCGAGUUUCUCGGAGUAUACCUGCCGCGGGAGCGCGACAAGGACGGCGCGAUUAAACGAGAAAGAGAGAGAGAGUGAGAGACGCUUUAUACGCCGGUGAACGGCCGUCUCGUUGUCGUUGCCAGCAGCAAAGGGCAACAAACCACGCGCUACGGGAGAAACUCUCCUCUUCCUGUUCAAGGUCAGAGCAUCGAGACCCACGCCGCGUUUCUUUGUAAUCGGACUAUCGCGAGUGAAGUAAAGUAAAUCGUUGUGCGCGUAAUGCUCGGGAAUUAGCAAAAGUAGAAUCGCGGGAAUCGUUUGACGGCAAAAAUCGAGAGAGAAUUCGAGGAAAAAAAGUGAGAUUGUGUUUGAUUUCCUCGUGACCAUGCUGAGGCAGAGGGUAUUACCGGACGCCAUGACUAUAGUUAGGGCAGCUGUUCUCGCAGCUGUCCUGGGACAACUCGUGGGCCCCAGCACGGCCAGCAGACCUGCCGGCGCUCACCCAGGACACGCUUACUUCGAACAACCGUGCUGCGGACGUUCCCAUCUCAGGCAUCACAAAGAACACGUGCGGGAAUUCAGCUGCGGCAUGCUGUACUACAGGACGCUCUAUCUGGACAGUAAGAGGGACGCCCUAUACGUCGGAGCUAUGGACAAGAUCUUCAGGCUAAAUCUGAGCAACAUCAGUCAUUCCAACUGCGAGAGAGACGCCCUGAAUCUGGAACCCAGCAACGUGGCAAAUUGCGUGUCCAAAGGCAAAUCGGAGCAUUUCGACUGCCGGAACCAUAUAAGAGUGAUACAACCGAUGGGAGACGGAAAUCGGCUCUACAUGUGUGGUACGAAUGCGCACGCGCCCAAGGAUUGGGUGAUUUAUAGCAAUCUGACUCACUUACCGCGUCACGAGUUUGUUCCGGGAGUGGGAAUGGGUAUCGCGAAGUGCCCUUACGAUCCUGCGGACAACUCUACGGCGGUUUGGGUCGAGAAGGGCAAUCCUGGGGACUUGCCAGCUCUUUAUUCCGGCACGAAUGCCNNGUUCACCAAAGCCGAUACCGUAAUCUUCCGCACGGAUCUCUACAAUCUGACUACCGGUCGCAAGGCGUUCAGCUUCAAAAGAACGCUCAAGUACGAUUCCAAGUGGCUCGAUAAGCCGAAUUUCGUAGGCUCGUAUGACAUCGGCAGCCACGUGUUCUUCUUUUUCCGCGAGACCGCGGUCGAAUACAUCAACUGCGGUAAAAGUGUGUACUCCCGCGUGGCGAGAGUCUGCAAGAGGGACACCGGCGGUAAAAAUAUACUCGCCCAAAAUUGGGCUACAUAUCUCAAGGCCAGGUUGAACUGCUCGAUACCUGGCGAGUUUCCGUUUUAUUUCAACGAGAUACAGAGCAUUUACAAGGUGCCGGGUGACGAUACGCAUUUCUACGGUACCUUCACCACAUCGACGAACGGAUUAAUGGGUUCUGCGAUAUGUUCCUUUCACAUUGACGCUAUUCAGGAGGCUUUCCGCGGAAAGUUCAAAGAGCAGGCAACUAGUAGUAGCGCGUGGCUACCAGUCCUGUCCAACAAAGUUCCAGAACCGCGUCCGGGCCAAUGCGUCAACGACACAGAGACGUUGCCGGACACAGUUUUGAAUUUCAUAAGGUCCCAUCCUUUGAUGGAUUCCGCGAUCUCGCACGAGAACGAGAAGCCGGUCUUCUACAAGCGGGAUGUCAUGCUCACGCGAUUGGUCGUCGAUAAGCUGCGCAUCGACUUUGUCGGCAUCGAUCUGGAUUACACCGUCUACUACGCCGGUUCCAGCGACGGUCGCGUUCACAAGGUUGUACAGUGGCUUGACAAUAACGGCGAAUCCCAGUCAAUCUUGCUGGACGUUUUCGAUGUCACGCCGGGCGAACCGAUACAAGCGAUGGAGAUUUCAAAGGAGCAUAAGGCUCUCUACGUAGCAUCGGAUCACCGGAUAAAGCAGAUCGAUCUGGUAAUGUGCACCCGACGAUACGAUAAUUGCCUGCGAUGCGUCCAUGAUCCGUACUGCGGAUGGGAUAAGGAUACAAAUACGUGCAAACCCUACGAACCUGGGCUUCUUCAGGAUGUAUCGAAUAGCACAGCCGACGUUUGCGAUAGCAGCGUCGGCAAACGGAAGCUGGUUGUUACGUGGGGCCAGUCGGUGCAUCUGGGAUGUUUCGUAAAAAUGCCGGAAGUACUGGCGAAUCAAGAGGUACGGUGGUACCAUUAUAGUAAAGAGAAGGGCAGAUAUCAGAUCGCGUACAAGUAUGGCGCCGGUGGCGACAAGUUCAUCGAGACCUCGGAGAAGGGUCUGGUGAUUGUCGGCGUUAACGAGCAGGACGCCGGUAGAUACGAUUGCUGGCUCGGCGGUGCUCUUCUGUGCUCGUACAACAUCACCGUGGACGCGCACAGAUGUUCCGCCCCCGCCAAGUCCAACGACUAUCAGAAGAUCUAUUCGGACUGGUGUCACGAAUUCGAAAAGUACAAGUCGGCGAUGAAGAGCUGGGAGAGAAAGCAGGCGCAAUGCGCCUCGAGGCAAAACGACAGCAAUCAGAAUGUGCACACGAACGAGGUGUACGGCACGCCCCUCGUCUGAUGGAGCCGAUCAUUGGGUCCCUCGUCGAGCCGAGAUCACGAUGACGCCAUGAUACGCAUAAGCGUCCCGCCGAAGAAUCACGGCUGGACCACAACCGGCUGGACGAGUCUGACCUUCCUGCUGGCCGGUCACGUCACCGCGCUCGGCCCGUUGGUCACCCGAGGUCUCUCAAGCGAUUGAGACCGAUACGCGGCUUCGUGAACUGUGUGGUGAAAGGAUUGAAAUCUGGUGAGUGCGAAAAACGUACGCGCGAUCGAUCGUGCAUAUUGAUACUAUUUACGUGCCACUGUGCCCGAGAUUGCUUCUCGUCGCGCUGCCGAUCGCGAGUGAUCGUCGAUGACUUCAUUGGCGAUCAGAAUAUCAGAUAUAUACCAGUUUCGUUCUGGUCGCGCAUCCCGCUUUUUGUUACGUAUGUUUUUUUUUGUACUCGCUUAAUGCUGUAAAUAGACGUGUCGCGCACGAGUCGCGCGAAAGAGAGACCCGACGUUGAUGCAGCGAGUGUGUUCUCGGCGAUGACGACGGUAAUGCCACGAAAUGUCGUUAAAAAGUGAGACGAUUCUCAUCUCGUAAAUUCCGAUACGAAUGUGCAUUGCGGAGGAGUGGAUGUUUUUCGGAGUGGAUGAAUGCAUCCUGGAUAAAAUCCCAGUAGUGGAGACUCGGUGUGGAAGCUGUAUGGAAAAACGCGCGCUUUCAUUUCCUCAGAUUUUUAAUUGAUUUGAGACGGCGAAUUAUGUGUACAUACGAUAUCGGAGCCUCGAAAAACGCCAUGUUGAUCGCGAUAUCACCGUAAUGAGAUAUCGAUUGUCAAUGGAACCGUUGAGAUUAAGUAAGCGGUGUGCCGAAGAAUGGAAGGCGCGUUUUCUCCUGCGGUUUUUCACAUCUGUGAUAGAAACGGCCGAAAAGAGAGACGGAAGUUCUCUGACGACGAGAGAGUAUCGAUAGGACAACGGCCGUUAUGGCUCGAGGAAAGGUGAAAUGUCGCAUCAAGAGGGAAAAACGUGGCCAUUGGCGCGUUUACGACGUCACGCAGGUUACAUAUGAGAUUAUUAUCGACUUUAGGAGACCUUCGUGCGAGCUGCGCUGUACUCGCGCGACGCUGGUUAGCUUUCCAUAUCACGUUCGCCACUUUUGCGGCGCGCACACGCCUAUUUUCUACUCUUGCACACCUACCCCUCAAAUACACCAACCCUCUCCUAACAUAUCCUUCGUUUCUUUUUUUUUUUUCCCUAUCGCGUCUCGACGAUCGCGCAAACUCCCGCCUUUGGUUAUCUUUUGUUUGCCGGAACUUUCGUGCGCCGUUCCGAUUAUCAUCAUUAUUCUUCGCGUACCCACCUGAGAGACACGGCGAAACGACCGCGCGAUGACACCGCAUUUUUACGUGCGCGCGCGCGCGUACAUUGUGUCGAUGAAAGCACACGUGUCGUGUCGGACAGAAACGUCAAAAUCAUCGCGCUCCAGUUCACGAGGAAUCGCCUCGAGUAUCCCCCGCGCGUUGUUAUCGUCGAGAAUCCUCUCCUUUAACUAAGGUGCUACGCGAAUCUAUCUUUUUCGCAGGAAAACCGGUGAGACCUCUGUGGUCUCGGACUCAUGUACAUUUUCCGUCUCCUUUCAUCCCAUUCUUUUUCCCCGAUCGACACGCGCGCGCGUACGAAAAACGCGUUACGCACCUAACGAGCGACCGUUGUGUACGCGCCGGGUACACUGUACAUAAUAUAUCGGAUUCCAAAAGUCACGUGUACACACUUUCCUUAGGUAAGUCUAAUAUUAGCGUAGAAUAUACAUGUUUGCUUAUUAGUUUUCGAUCAACACGGCCACGGAUCUCUCGUUGCAUCCUGCAACGAUAUCGGCGGCAUAACAACCGCCACCAAAAAGUAAACGCGGUGCUGGGGCACACAUCGAGGCGAGCGAUCGUUUCGACGCGACUUCCGGACUCGACGCUGCGAGCGGACUAUCGAAUCGUCAUUGCGUUUCUAACGUGUCUUUAACACUACGCAGGUAGAUUGCGACUGAAUCGAGCUCGUGGCGUGGCGUCCAUAAAAUUUGUUUCCCGAAAUCAAUCUGGAAUUUUAAUGUACGCCGUUACACUUGAUUCGAUGACACUUGGGAUCUCAAUACGAUUAUAUUAUUCGAUUUCUCUUAUUUUUAUCGUCGCUGGUUUUCGCGUUAUUUUUCGAACGAAUACGGAUACAGGAGUGUGUUUUUGACUUUGUAAUUCUCUGUAUAUAGAUAUAAUAACGUUAUAUUUUUAUA